AUAUAUACAUAUACAUGCAUCCCAUCUUUCUUCCCUUGGACCAAAAUUGGUGAUUUCGUGUUUAUAUCGUAGUAAAUAAGGGUUGUUGCAGUGCUACUAUCAAAGUUGAAGAUGGAGACACCAACAAAUAUGACUAUAAAGGGUAUUCUUGGUAUUUUAAUGGCAAGUAUUGAUGAGGAUAAGAAGAGAAGGUUAAUAUCAUUAGGAAUGGGUGACCCAACUGCAUUUUCAUGCUUUACCACUACAGAUAUAGCUCAAGAUGCUGUGGUUCAAACUCUUCAAUCCCGUAAAUUCAAUGGCUACUCUCCUACUGUUGGCCUCCCUCAAACAAGAAAGGCAAUAUCUGAAUAUUUAUCGACAUCUCUACCAUACAAACUAUCCUCGGAUGAUGUAUACAUAACAGCAGGCUGCACACAGGCUAUAGAAGUUGCUAUAUCGAUCCUAGCUCGACCAAAUGCAAACAUCUUGGUUCCAAAACCUGGAUUCCCAAUUUACGAACUUUGUGCAGCUUUUAGAAACGUAGAAAUCCGCCAUUUUAAUCUUCUUCCGGAUAGAGGAUGGGAGGUUGACUUGGAUUCCGUUGAUGCAUUAAUUGACCACAAUACUGUUGGCAUUGUAAUCAUAAACCCUGGGAAUCCUUGUGGCAAUGUCUAUAGUUAUCAACAUCUAAAGAAGAUUGCUGAAACUGCAAAAAGGCACAAGAUUCUAAUUGUAGCAGAUGAAGUUUAUGGGCAUUUAGCUUUUGGAGACAACCCUUUUGUGCCAAUGGGUGUUUUUGGGUCCAUGGUUCCUGUUCUUACUCUUGGUUCAUUGUCAAAAAGAUGGAUAGUACCCGGAUGGAGGCUUGGGUGGUUUGUCACCAGUGAUCCAAAAGGCAUCUUCAAGAAUACUAAGAACAUUGAGCGCCUGAAGAAAUACUUCGAUAUAUGUGGUGGUCCAGCAACCUUCAUACAGGCAGCUGUUCCCUGCAUCCUUGAGAACACAGAAGAGGUGUUCUUCACAAGAACUCUUGGCAUACUGAAGCAGAGCUCAGACCUUUGCUUCAAGAAAAUUAAAGAGAUACCUUGUUUAACUUGCCCACAAAAACCACAGGGAGCUAUGUCUGUUAUGGUGAAACUGAAUGUGUCCUUACUAAAAGAUAUUAGUGAUGAUGUUGAGUUCUGUUUCAAGCUAGCCAAAGAAGAAUCAGUGAUCCUUCUUCCAGGACUUACUGUGGGUCUUAAAAAUUGGGUUCGUAUAACUUUUGCUGCAGAACCAUCUUCUCUCGAAGAAGCUCUUGACAGAGUCAAGUCCUUUUCCGAAAGACAUUCCCAUCAACAGAAGGUUCAUAUUGAACUAUCAUAAUUAAAGAAAUACAUCUUUCUUUACGGUAUAGCAAGCAAAUGUAACUAGAAAACAUAUUAUCCUAUUAAUUACAUGACAGUAAGUGUCCUUGGUUUCUAAA